AUGUCCGCGCAGACUUACAAGAAGUUCGAGAGCGCUGGGUCCAGCGACCUCCCAGACAAGAUGACGAUCUACCAGGAUUGUAUGAACACUUUCAACGAGUCGCCCGUCAGUGCGAAACGUUGUCGUUUGCUGAUCUCCCGUCUGUUGAGACUGCUGUCCUCGGGGGAGACUUUCCCACAGACAGAGGCCACGGCGUUGUUCUUUUCGAUCUCGAAACUGUUCCAACACCAAAACGAUUCGUUGAGACAGGUCGUGUACUUGGCAAUUAAAGAAUUGAGUGGGAUCUCAGAGGACGUUCUUAUGGCGACGUCCUCCAUUAUGAAGGACGUGCAGAAUGGGUCCGAUAUCGUGAAACCAAACGCAAUCAGGGCGCUCACGUACGUGCUUGACGAGUCCACGGCGUUCUCCGCGGAGAGACUGUUGAAAAAUGCAGUGGUCAGUAAGAACCAGUCUGUUUCGUCUGCUGCGCUGUGCACCGCGUACAACCUGCUGCCAAUCUCGGAGGUCACAAUCAAGAGAUUCUCCAAUGAGGCACAGGAGGCCAUCAUGGAGGUGAAGACCGCGCCGAUGUCCGCCAGAUCCGAGUUCGUGUCCAAAGCGCCACACAUUACGCAGUACCACGCGUUGGGGCUUGUCUACGAACUCAAGAGGAACGACAAGAUGGCACUUAUGAAAUUGAUUCAACAGUGUUCCGAUGGGUUUGUGUUGAAGAACCAGUUCGCAAGAAUGGAGCUCAUGAAGAUCGUCAACGACUUGAUACACAGAGACACGCAGCUGUUCGCGCAAUUCCAACAGCUGUUCAACGUCUGGCUGCAGGACAGGUCCUCGCUCGUCAGCCUCGAGACAGCGAAGACGAUCACGACUUUCGCGAUAGCACACCCAAGACUCGUCUCCCCGGACUUGUUCGCCACGACUGUCAACGUCUUGCGUAAACUAAUGAACGAAUUCAACUGUGGUGCCAAAUUGGGGGCAGUGAAAGUGGUCAAUAAGAUGGCAAUGGUCUCUCCAGAAAAAGUUGCCGUUUGUAACCCUGAACUGGAAUCGCUGCUUUCCAUGUCCAACAAAGAACUUGCAACUUUCGCGAUCACCACGUUGUUGAAGACCAGUAACGAGGACAACAUCUCGAAUCUAAUCGGCCGCAUCACCGAGUUCGUCCAUAAAGUGUCUGACGAUUUCAAAAUCACAGUCAUCGAGGCCAUCCGUACUUUGUCGCUCAAAUUCCCCAAGGAAUGGAAAGUGAUCAUAAAGUUUCUGAUCGACGUCUUGAAAAAUAGCGAGGGUGCGGCAAAGUUUAAAAGCAGCGUCGUGGAGGCAAUCAUCGACAUUGUAGCCUUCGUUCCACAGUCCAAGGAAUUGGCAUUAGAGAGCCUGUGUGACUUCAUCGAGGACUGUGAGUACAACGAAGUUCUCGUCAGAGUGCUGCAUCUCCUGGGUAAAGAGGGGCCCUCGACUUCAAACCCAUCCCUGUACGUGAGACACAUCUUUAACAGGGUCGUCCUGGAGAACUCCAUUAUCAGAUCCGCUGCCGUCAUUGCGUUGUCUAAGUUCGCGCUAACGAAGAACGACCCCACUUUGAAGGACUCGAUUGUCAGUCUGCUAAACAGAAUCUCCAACGACACAGACGACGAAGUCAGGGAUAGAGCAACCAUAUCUUUGAAGCUGCUAGGUUCCGAGCACAGUUUUGCAAAGGACCUGGUUCAAUCCAAAUAUUACUACGACUUGAACUCUCUUGAAAGCAAGUUGACAACUUACAUCUCAACGAACGAGGAUUCAUUCAAGACCCCAUUCGACGUCUCCCAGAUACGCAAGUUCUCUGAGGACGAGAUGAAGGCGAUAGAAUUGAAGCACAAGCAAGACAGGGUGUUCAAAUCCACUGAUAAUGACGAAAGUGGCAACAGGGAUGCUAUUGCUCCUGCGACCGUCUCCACGAAUAAGAGGAAGGACAACGACACAUACAAGGGUGCCGACUUGCACGAACACGAACAAGACCUGUUGGAGAGUAAGUACGCUGACGAGUUGAGUGGGAUGGAGGAGUUCAAGGAGUUCGGUAAGCUGAUCAAUAGCUCUAAGGUGACUCCAUUGACGGAAUCGGAAGCCGAAUUCGUUGUUCGCGCUGUGAAACACGUCUUCAAGGACAACAUCGUCCUACAGUUCAACAUCACCAACACUUUAGUUGAUGUUGCCCUAGACAACGUUUCUGUCGUCUGCUCCGCUGAAGACCCUGAGAACUCACGUCUAGAGGAAUUAUUCACUCUACCGAUCGAGAGACUGGCACCAGCUGGUGAAUCCGCAUGUUACGUAGCGUUCAAGAAAUCGACCGACACGGUGAUGAAAGGCUUCUUGAAUACUCUUCAUUUCACCACCAGAGAAUUGAAUCCAGACACACACGAACCAUUCGAGGACGACGAGGGGUUCCAAGACGAAUACGAGAUCGAUUCGUUGUUUUUGAACGCCGGUGACUACAUCAAAUCUUCGUUUGUUGGGAACUUCGAGGCUACCUUUGACCAGUUGCCCAAUGAGGAAGUGGCCGUCUACAACAUCCAGGAGGACCUGUCGUUACAAGAAGUUAUUGAUAAACUAGUUUUGAACACAAGCUGUCUACCGCUAAGCAACACACAAUUCGCCCCCACGGAUUCAAGCUCCCACGUGCUUAAGCUGUUUGGUAAGUCUGCUCUGAUGGGCACGAAAGUAGCACUAGUCAUCAAGAUGAUCAAGAGCUCGAAGGGUGUAGCCCUGAAGGCGCAAUGCAGGACCGAAGAUGCCACUUUGUGCGCGGAUAUAGUCAACAACUUAAUGUGA